CGCCGUCACUUUGGAAGUGGACUUGAAUGAGGACAGACGAUUUGUGCGGGUGGACUCGUCGCUGCGGUAAACAAAAAUGCUCAGAACGGAAUGAAUGGAUGAGUGCAGUGCGACGCAAAGUGCCUGGACUUUCGUUUUCCACCAUUGCCUGGCCGUCCCAAUUGGACCAGAGUUUCGCGCGGACCGCCUGCAUUCGGACCCGCCGCAAGUUUGGCGGACGAAAACGUGAUUUUGUUUAGACCGUGAGCUGGCCAGCCCGCGCCAGUGAGCAUCGUGUUCCCGGAAUCCGACUAAAGGUGCGUCCAGAGUCGGCGACGGGGCGAGGAAAAAACAAUCAAAACAGAGCCGCGGAAGAGUUCAUUAGCCACGGGAGCCGCGCGCCGCCCGCCCCGCAAGUGCAUUCGCGUCGCGGAGAACGGCUGCCACCGUCUCCAUCGCUACAGCCGCCGACGGCCGUCGCUCUUAAUUGUUUUAUGUACUUUUUUGUUGGCGCUGCCCGUCGCGCCGCCCGCCCCGGGCCUACUCACACGUGCGCACAGCUUUGUUUAUACAACGAGCGCGGCGGUUCUUAUUGGAAUACAUAAUCGUAGUGUGCUUACAUACUGGAAGCUGGAAAGCGUGUAAUGGGAAUGGCAAUGUGCGGCUGUGACAGCCGUCGUGGUGGCUGUCGUCAGUGUUCGUGCCCUUCCGCAGCCGUCGCAACGUGUGUGCAGUGAUCCGCGCGCCCGGGAUUCUCGGUCCUCCGUCGAAGUCAGUGCAGAGACGAAAGUGUGGCGAGUGUGGCGUAAACAAACAGAAUUUGGGCCGCUCCUGCUCGUGUGAGCUUUUCCUGCUUCCUUGCGACGACUGUGCGCUACGUGCGGUUUCGUGGCUUGGUCCGUGCGAGCCGUCGUGGACGGUCGUGAGCAGUGAGCGCCGCGCGAGCCGCGCCGCCGCCGUCCGUGAUCAAAUGCUUGUGUUUCCCCCCUUGCAGCGCAGCCGAGGACGAGGAAAACGGACAACGACGACCGCGACGACUAGCCGAACCCGCGCGACAGCCGCCGAUUGCUCGGCCCGAGUGGCAACGACAAGAUGGCAGACGGUUUGUGUUCGGAAUCGGAUCGAAAACAAUUUGUCGCGACUUUAAUCAAUGAAAAUGUCCUAAGUGGAAGUGAAAAAUCGGGAAAAUGUGUGAAUUCGUUGCUGCAGAGUCGAGUGCAAAGUGCGUCGGGCGAAUCGGAUCGUGCUGAGACUGUGAAAACGCGCGUGAGUCGAGAACAGCAAAACAUGACGGCUACGGGCCAGCAGCAGCAACAAUCCAAGAAACUUUUGGACGCGAAAUCGUUGAAGAACAAAAGUGCAUUGACGAUGUCGAGCGUAGGGUCCCAGGGGAUGACAGAGCCCCAGGGCGGAGCGGGCACGGCCGCGUCGAGUGCUGGGCCCGCGGCCGCGGCCGUGACGGCUGCUGCUGGCGGUAGUGAAGGUGUCGGAGUCGCGGUCGCGGGCAAACCGAACAAUGCACCUCGCGCUCUUGAAAGUGAGAAGAUUGUUCCGCAGAAAGUGAAGAGCGUUGCGCUGCAAACAACAAUUGGUGCGGGUGCAGCCAACGGGCCGAAACUGCAACAGAAGAAGGAUUCGAAAAGUGCAUCCGCCGCCAAUGUGGAUAUGGCAGUGGCGAACUGUGCCUCGGAGCCUGGACAGCAGAAACAGCAACAGCAGCAGGGCCAGGACACGGAUGACGGCCCCAGCGCCAAGAAGAAAAGAUGCUCGGAUCGAUAUGACUCCUCGGAGUCGUCUGACAGUGGAGUUGCUACGUUAAGUUGCACUGACUCGAGCACAGCGUCAAGUGAUGCUUCGGAUCCCGGUUCUCCGUAUAGCCCGGUCUCAUUAGGAGAAGAUGCCAAUCAAUCAUCAACGAAAGCAAAUAUGCCACCGCAAAUCUUAUCUAUCACUCAACAAAACCAUCGUGUUCAUCAUUCUCAUCAGCCCCAUCAUCAGAUGACGGCGACGCCUCAUCAAACCACGACCCAUCGCCAACAGCCCCAAAUGCAACAUCAGACAACCACGACAGUUCAACAUCAGUGGCCUUGGAACGUCUCCUCGAAUUGUAGUACGAUAAGCAACCAUAAUAAUAAUAGCAGCACCAAUAAUAACAAUAUUAUUGCCAAUGCAAGCAACAAAUGCAGCAACAAUAGUAGUGUAAAUAGUGUUUUAAGUGGCAACAGUAACGCCAAUGCAAAAAGUAAGCGGAUUUCGACGGUAAAUCCCAGUGAUAUCAACGGCACUGCCAAAAAGGUCCGGACGUCUGCCGCAUCAGCGGAUCGGAUACAGCCUCAGUCCGGAUUAACUGCCGCAGCUUCGAAAAGACUGAAAGCUCAACAAGAGGAUUCACCAUCUCAAACAAAAAUAACAGGCUAUUUUAAGUCGCAGAUGAAACCUCUUAAGACGCCCCUGAAAUCAGACUUAGGUACAUUGGUAGCGAGAGUCGCGACCAUAGACGCACAAGCAGUUGUAACUGCCGGAAAUCAAGGCGCUUUGGACAAAUAUUUAAAUGCCCCUGCAAACAAAACUUUAUCGCCGACACCUCAAGUUGGCUUAAAAGACGAAAAGGAUCAUCCAAUUAGCCAACGCAAAUCAGUUGCCAUCAAGAAAGACUUCAUAGAUCUGCCACCGUUAACACAAACAAUGCCACCUUCCCUGAAAAAGCUCGAACGGAAACCUGCCAAGGUUGCACAAGUAGCACCGAUUUCUCGCAAAACUGUCAUAGCGCAGCAGCUCAAAUCACCAAAGAAACAUAUUGCAAUAGCCCCACGAACCACGGAAAUGAAUCAAUCUCAGUCCCAAAAACCACCGACAACCAAUGCCUUCCAAAUCGACCAAACAAAGAUUUCACAGCCGACGGUCUUGCUGACUGCAAUUCGGAUACCACCGCAGACUCCAACGCAAACUCAGCAACAACUUAACACAUCGGGAGCGGUGUCUCAACAAGUGUCAACAAAAGCUCCUCCCCUAACUCCCACGAAGAUGGGCUCAAUGCUUCAGAUUCCCGUUGUGCCAAACCUUGUUCAAAUUCCAAACCUCCUCACAACCACUAAUGGGGCAAACUUAGUAGUCAACAACGGACAACUUGCUAGAAUGGGGAAUGGUGGUCAAUAUUUCCUAAAUGGAACAGUGCUAAAACUUCAACAAAUCCCUAACGGCCACUCAACGAACUUGAGUACCACCAACGGUGUUUUGACAAUGGAUUCGUCCGCGCUGCAAGGAAAUAUUUUGCUUAAAUCACCCGCUGCGAUCUCUCAAACAAUUCCUACGGUCACCUCUUCAAGUCCACAAAAGACCUCAACAUUGGCUAUCCCGCAGCCGAUCGUGACGCAACCUUCGGUGAAUGGUAAUGGAUGUCAUCAGGCAUUCAUUACAACAACGAACCAGAGGAUACCAACUCAAUCUGUUCUAAUGGCCACCUCUUCUGGAUGGUACGUGCUAAAUCAACCAACCGCCGAUCCGAUUUCAAACAACAUUCCGCACCAACCUACAAUAACUACUGCGAUGGUGUGUAAAUCGACAAGGGCAGCAGUUACCUCAUUAACAAACACAAUUUGUCCUCCUGUGCCCCCACUGGUGACUUUGGCCAGCAAACUUGAAACAACGCCGACGCCAGGACCCAAAAUUUUAACUUCGGCUACACCUACAACCACACCUCCUUCUGCCGACCUGAAAAGCAAAACACCGAGCCACAUAGAUGUCAUUGAACCGGAUAAACCUCUGACAGUAGAAUGUCCUCCACUCGAUCCUCCUCUGGAUGACUGUGGCCCCACCGUGAUUCUAAACCACGCAAAACUUGAAUCACCGAAAAUCGUGCCGAGUUUAACAAAAUCCCUGUCAUCGCCUGCAAUCAUUGCUGCUGAUAAAAUUGGGGAUGUGGACAUCCCCACUCCAUCGACAACCCCAAAAUGUGCUAUAAGCCCAAUUCUUUCACAGCCAAAGACAAUACGCUUCCCGGUUCCUUCCGGUUGUGAGGCAGGGUACCGUUUUGGUCCGAAAGGCAUAAGACGUCCUGAUGGAGUUUGCUAUUGGGAUAAGUGUAGUGAAAAAUACGAUACAAACUCAAAACUACUUGACCACCUCCAAACUCAACACGUAAACACACAGUCGGGACCGUUUUCAUGCCUGUGGUCUGGAUGUAAGGUGCGGGGACGAGAAUCAUGCUCGAGACGUUGGCUGGAAAGGCAUGUGCUGUCGCAUGGUGGCACAAAACCAUUCAAAUGUAUAGUAGAUGGAUGUGGGCUUCGACUUGGUUCGCAACUUGCACUGCAAAAACAUGUCAAUGGACACUUUAAUGCCACCGAAAAUAAAGACAAUCCAAGCAAGAGAGCAUCAGAUCCGCCUGUUCCUAAACAGUUGAGGAAGAAUGGUAAAAAGUUGAGGUAUAGGCGUCAGCCCUUUUCAGCUCGAAUGUUCGACUUCUUUGAUACGGGUAUCAUGGAGGGUCUUCAGCAUCGCUUACUAGUGACGGGUUCCUUGGCCACUGGUUCAAAAGGUUCAAUAACAUUCCAAGGACGAACGAUGGCGCGCAGAACGAACUCUUCAGGAAUAACUGAGCUUUACGUUAAAUGGAGUCCGAGUGAAAUUAUGCCAGACGAAUGGGUUCCCGAAUCAAAAGGAGCCUUAAGCAAAACAAUCACAAUACAGUCGAUGCAGUACCAGGAACGCUUGGCUCUCCAAAAAUAUCUGCACAUCACAAGUCACAAGAGUGAUACAAGCAUAAAGACGGUUUCGCGAAUAUUCCCAAGCGCAGCGUCAAAUUUAUCGUCAUUAUUAGGUAGCAGUGAGGGCAACAACGUGACAACAACAACAACAGCGUCGUGCGGAAGAAAACAAUCACGUAAACCGCCUAAGAGGAAUCAACUUCAGCCAUCGUGACAUUAAGCGAACUAUUGUUAGUAUUUUUUAGAUUUUUUAUCAUAACUUAAACGUAAAACAUUUUUAUUAUAAUUCGAAUAGGGAGAAAUUAUUAAAGUAAGAGAAAAAGCGACUAAAAUAGUUGUAAAGUAAAAAAACUGAACAAAUCUUCGAAAUCGUGUUGAAGUUUGAACGCAAUGUAUCCAAUAUUGCAAGAGUUCAGUUGAUUACUUCUUUACUUAGUCUUCAUUUGAUUCUGAAUAUUUUCUGUGCGUCGUAUGCAUUGUGAAUAGUAAAUUUUAUUUAAAUAUUAAUUGUACGUAAACGAAUUCUUUCGUUUUAUAAUGGAAAACGACAAAAAUAAACUAAACAGAAGACAAAACUCUUGGUCGUAUAGUUUUUUCUCUUCCAGGAGAUUUAAAUUUAUUAUUGUAGGAAAAUAUAAAAAAAUAUUGCCAUCUUUGUAAAAAUUGCAAACAAGAGAAAAGAAAGGAAAAAUCCCACUGAAUCGGGAAAAUAUCGUAGGCGAAUAAAUGUUAGUUUAAUAUGAGAAUAAUUUUAGAAAUAAAAUAACAAAAAAGAAUCAGAAAAAAAAAAUAUUUUUGGAAAUGAAUAAGAGAAAAAGUUAACGGAUCGGAAAUUCUGCACCAAAAAUGCAAUAUGAAUUGUGUAAUUCUUAAUUUUACUCUCUGAAAAGCGAAUGACUGCUUUGAUAUAUCUCCUGAGAUUAGCGUCACGAAGUCAAGUUUGCUUUUUCUUUUCUGCUUUUCCAUACUUCCACAAGUUCUUUCUUGGUUAGCUAAUGUCCUGUAUGCUUUUGGAAAUGAUGCAUUUAAGCCAUGCAUAAAUUAUAUUAUGUAUAAGUCAUAAUUGUAAAAACAUUGAACGAAAAAUUGGAAAAGACUAGCAACGUUACUACGCUACUGCAUUCUAUCUUGGGCUUCUUCGAUUUAGGUAAAUGUAAUAGGUCAUUUUCGGAUUUUAAGAAAUAUAUGAAACUUAAGUGAGAAAAUAUUAAGUAGCUUGAGAUAAAGUUAGUUAUGGAAAUUUGGAAAGAUUAAUUCUUUAUUUGGAAUAAGUAUUUGAUUCAAUCACAUGUGUUCAAAGUGUGCUAAUCAGAAAUGAAAACUGAGUGGUAGGAGAUUUUGUUUGGAGCGGGAAAAGUCGAAGGUUUGUUGAGGAACUCAAACUACUUAAUGCUAAUUUACGUGUUGGAACAGCUAAACAGAAAUAACUUUCAAUUACGGCGAAGACUCCUUCAAUUGUAUGAUUUCUUCGUGGUUAAUACUGCCAACUAACCAUUUGAUUAUAUUGACGUCUACCUUGAAUUUCUGUUGUCAAAGGAUAUCAGGUUCAAUAUAUCUGAUGACCAUAUGGAUAUCUGAUGACCAUUAAAUGUUCGAAAACUCAACAAACUUUCUCUUUAAAUGGAAAUCUGUCUACUGCAAAUAUACAUAAAUUUAAUAUUAUUAAAACGUACUCUUUCUGUCACUGCCAAAAAAUAGUUGAAGGUGCUUUUUAUUUUAUUACGACUUAUCUUCAUUUGUUUGAUUUUGUACGACCCGCAAAACAAACAAUGUUUGCACUAAUUAUGAAAGUUCUUGAAUGAUUGAGUUUUAAUUUAAGCGAAACUGAAGUGAUCUCCAAAAAUGUCGAUUCAUAUUUGCUACAAAGGAAAGAUCGGUGUCAAGAAUAACUGACCAUACGAUAUGCUCAACAAUUAUACAAAAAAAUGGAAACGUCGAAGAACCGAAAAAUACAACUUUCCAUCAAAUAUAAAAAUUAUGAAUGUAGCGAAAUUUUUUAGAGCGUAAGAAAUACGAGACGGAUUUUUCUUCUUUCUAAAAUAAAAACUAAAGAGAAAGCAACAAGUUUUUGGAUAGAAACGAAUUUAGUACAAAUAUAUGCUUGGAAUAAAUGUAAACAAAAUGUACAAACAUUUAAUUGGAUUUAAAAACGUUCGAGUAGUAGUUGGUUUCUUUUUCUCAAAAAUAUAUAUAUUUAAUAAACGGGCCAUUUUCUAUUGACAGUUUAUACCAAUUAGGUCUAAUGUAAAAUUUCAGAAAGAAGUCUAAUGUAUAUGGGCAUGUAUUUUUCAUGCCAAAGUAUCGAAUGGGUCAAAAGGAGGAAAUAACUGUUCCCGAAUUAAUAAUAAAUUCAAGAUUGAGACAAGUAAUUUAUUUGCAAUAAAUACAAUGUGAAUAAACAAAUUGAUUUUG